GGUUGACAUUUUAGUUGAGAGCUGACUGAACCGAGUGCAGUUUGACCUUCUCAGAAUAAUACCCGGCUUAAUCUCCACUGCACCGGGAGCUGAAAGCCAGUGCUAUAAGGCUAUGCAUUGGCACCGCUCACUCUGCACAACGUUUUUUAGCUCCGACUCCGAGGAUGAUGGACACGGCAGCAAGGGCAAGGAUCACCUUGUGGUGGUCUUUGUUCCUCUUCCUCGGUCUGAGUUUUGCUCAGACUGCCGCAGAGGGCGAAGCGGGCACGCUUAAAGUCGGUGCGGUCCUGAAUAUGCGGUCUUUGCUGGGCAAGAUGUCGCGUACCAGCAUCUUGAUGGCCAUGGAGGAUUUCUAUGCUGUCCACAGAGAUUACGCGACCAAGCUGGUUCUCCACAUCAGGGAUUCCAAUGGUGGUGGCAAUAUCCAAGCUGCAUCAGCAGCUAUUGAUCUGCUGGAGAAUCACCAUGUCCAAGCUAUCAUUGGUCCAGAAAAAUCCGCGGAGGCCACUUUUGUGUCUGAUAUUGGGAAUAACAGUCAAGUCCCCGUUAUCUCCUUCACGGCAACGAACCCCGCCCUUUCAUCUGCCAAUGUGCCAUAUUUUUUGCGCGCAACAUUAAGUGAUGCUGCCCAAGUGAAUAGUAUUGCUGCUCUCAUCAAAGCAUUUGGCUGGAGGGAAGUUGUGCCCAUAUACGAAGAUACGGACUACGGUAGAGGCAUCGUACCGUACCUGGUGGAUGCACUCCAAGAGUUCGGAGCUUCUAUGCCGUAUCGGAGUGUGAUAGCUCAGUCAGCAAGCAGUGACCAAGUUGAGCAAGAACUAUACAAGCUAAUGACAAUGCAGACAAGGGUCUACAUUGUGCAUAUGUUACCAACCACUGGUUCCAUCCUCUUCAAAAGGGCCAAGGAGAUCGGAAUGAUGACCGAAGCCUAUGUGUGGAUUUUGACGGAUGGAAUCGCAAAUGUCGUCAACUCGCUAAGCCCUUCAGUUCUUGAUGCAAUGGAUGGUGCAUUGGGUGUGAGGUUCCAUGUACCUAGAUCAAAGGAACUUGAUGAUUUCACUGCAAGAUGGAAUAAGAGGUACAGACAAGACUACCCAGAUGACUCACUAUCGCAACUAAGCAUUUACAGCCUCUGGGGUUACGAUGCUGUUUGGGCCCUGGCACAAGCAGCAGCGAAAGUUAGAAUGACCAGUCCCACAUUUCAGAAGCAGCAAUACAGAAAGAACUCAACCUGUGUUGGAACUUUGGGUGUUUCUACAGUUGGUCCAAAACUCUUGGAUGCAAUCUUGCAAUGCAAGUUCAGAGGCUUGAGUGGUGAUUUUGACCUCAGAAACAGACAACAGCUCCAGUUUUCCACAUUCCAGAUAAUUAAUGUGGUUAGAAGAGAAUCAAAAGAAAUAGGUUACUGGACAGCAAAGCAAGGAAUAUUCAGGAACCUGAAUCAAGAUGUAUCAGCACACACAUACUUAAACCCUAUGCCUGAUCUCAACCCAGUGGUUUGGCCAGGACAAACACAUAUAGUGCCUAAAGGAUGGCAAAUUCCUACUAAUGGGAAGAAGCUCCGAGUAGGUGUACGGACAAGUGGAUAUCCUGAGUUUAUGAAGGUGCAGAGGGACCCUGUCACCAAUGCGAUAACGGCAACAGGAUAUGCGAUAGAUGUAUUUGAAGAGGCGAUAAAGAAACUCCCGUAUGCAGUACCUUAUGAAUAUGUAUCAUUUGAUGCACUCGGAGUAAAUUAUGGGAGCUAUAAUGAUUUUGUCUACCAAGUUCCUCUUGGGGUGUAUGACGCAGCAAUUGGGGAUAUAACCAUCAGGCACAACAGAACAUCUUAUGCUGACUUUACACUACCUUAUACUGAAUCUGGGGUAGCAAUGAUCGUGCCAGUCAAAGACGAUACGAAUAAGAACACAUGGAUUUUCUUGAAGCCAUUAACUGGUGACUUGUGGUUUGCAAGCAUCGCAUUUCUCAUCUACACAGGAAUUGUUAUCUGGCUAUUGGAGAGACGAAUAAGAAAUGCAGAAUUGACUGGUUCAUUCUUCCACCAGCUUGGGACAGCAAUAUAUUUCUCCUUCUUUGCAGACAGGGAAAGGGUAGAAAGUAUUUUGGCUAGAUUGGUUGUUGUUGUAUGGGUCUUUGUACUUCUCGUAAUUACAUCAAGUUAUACGGCCAAUUUGUCAUCGAUGCUGACAGUGCAGAAGCUUCAACCCACAGAAACAGAUGUUCAUGAACUCCUGAAAAGAGGAGAGUAUGUAGGGUACCGUACUAGUUCUUAUGUAAGGGAACUACUAGAACAACUUGGUUUUGAGAGAAGUAAGAUCAGGGCGUACACUAAUCCAGAUGAUUUUGCUGAUGCACUUGAUAAAGGGAGCAAAAAUGGUGGAAUCGCAGCCGCCAUACAUGAAGUACCAUACAUCAAAUUAUUCCUCGCUAAGCAUUGCAAAGGUUACACGAUGGUUGGACCAAUUUACAAGUCUGAAGGUUUUGGCUUUGCGUUCCCCAAGCGAUCCCCUGUGGUUGACGACUUCUCAAGGGCGAUCCUCAAGAUAACAGAGGGAGAUGCUAUCAUUCAGAUAGAAAAGAAAUGGAUUGGAGAUGAACAUGCCUGUAAGAACGACGAAACCAUCAUCAGCCCGAGCAGUCUAGACUUCAAAAGCUUUUUAGGGCUCUUUCUAGUCACAGGAGUUGCUUCAACUUCUGCCCUUCUGAUAACACUGGUGAUGUUUCUCUACAAGAACAAGCACAAGAUGGGGAUCAACAUAGGCCCUCGUAACCAAACGGAUUCAAGAACGCGCAGCAGAUUCCGACAUACUGCGCCGAAUGAUUCAGAUGACCACACCUGCCAGAAAGAGAUAGAAAUAUCCACAGAACACACAAGCUCAUGUUCAGAGGUCCAAACAAGCUCAGAUUCUGAACCUCAGGGGACAAGCAACAGUUUUGCAGCACACGCUAAAUCCGAAGCAGAUAUUCUCCACCCGAGUCCACUCUCGCCCUAUACUCGAGAUGCCUAACAUCAUGCUGCUAUGACAACUAUUCAUACAAAAUUUGGUGCAAAAAUACAACCGUGCAUGUUCUGUAAAAAAAGGGAAAAAAAUUCGGUGCAGCAUGAAAUAAGUACUAGUAUGCCGUUCAAACCGUAACAACUUGGCUUUUCGUGCAGGACGCGUAUAUGGUCAUAUUUUUGCACCAAAUUUUGGAAGGAUACUUUUUACAGCAUGAUGUUCAUGCAUGGUUCUUUUCAAAAAUAAAUCAUGUCUCUUCUUAAGCAGAGAAAACGCAUCUCGAGUAUAGGAUGUGCAGUGGAA